AUGGAAGAAACGAAAGUUAUUUAUCACAUAGACGAUGAAGAAACCCCGUAUUUAGUAAAAAUACCAAUAGCCCCGGAUAAAGUGACUUUAGUGGAUUUUAAAAAUGUUCUCAACAGGCCUAACUACAAAUUUUUCUUUAAAUCGAUGGACGAUGAUUUUGGUGUCGUAAAAGAGGAAAUCAUUGAAGACUCUGCAAAUUUGCCAUGUUUUAAUGGACGAGUAGUUAGUUGGUUGGUUUCAGCCGAAGGCUCAAAUCAAUCAGAUGGCGGUUCCCAAUGUACAGACAGUGUUACACACCAAUCAGAAACUAGGUUACCUCCUGCGAUAGCAGACUCAGUUUGUACUGAUACAGAAAGUAUUAUAAGCUCAAGACAGGGUAGAAGACAUCACAAAUACUCAUCUCGUAUUAAUGGACAUCUUCCAAGAGUGUACGAAUCUGCGUCUGUACUAAGUUCAGAUUUGGAAACAACCAGUUUUCAGUCAGAAACCACAGGAAGGCAUACUGUCCUAUCAGAAUGUUCCAGUGUUAGUAGGUUACAUGUUGCUAGUAGAAAAAGACCUCAAAGACGACGGAAACAGCGGUUACAGCCGAUGUCCAGAACAAGUUCUUACUCAAGUAUAACGGAUUCUACCAUGUCAUUAAAUAUAAUUACAGUUACUCUAAAUAUGGAUACAGUGAAUUUUCUUGGUAUAUCUAUAGUGGGCCAGAGCAAUAAAGGAGGAGAUGGUGGUAUAUAUGUCGGAUCAAUAAUGAAAGGGGGGGCGGUAGCUUUAGAUGGUAGGAUAGAGCCAGGUGAUAUGAUAUUACAGGUGAACGAUGUAAAUUUUGAAAAUAUGUCAAAUGACGAAGCUGUAAAAGUAUUAAGGGAAGUUGUACAAAAACCAGGACCCAUUAAGUUAGUAGUUGCCAAAUGUUGGGAUCCGAAUCCCAAGGGAUACUUUACAAUACCGAGAACAGAACCUGUUAGACCUAUAGACCCGGGUGCAUGGGUGGCACACACAGCUGCAGUGCGAGGCGAUCCAGUAGCAAGACCACCUAGUAGUUCAACAGUCUCCAGCUCAUCAAUUGCCAGUACAAUACCAGCCAAUGAACGGGAAUGCCUCAUAGGUCCGGACAUGGAAGAACCACUAUCUGUCAACUCUCCGAUGUCUCAAGUGGUGCAAGCCAUGCAGAGGCCCGACAGCGGUUUGGAAAUCAGGGACAGAAUGUGGCUGAAAAUAACGAUUCCUAAUGCAUUUAUCGGCACCGACAUGAUCGAUUGGUUAUUGACACACGUCGAAGGUUUCACAGAGAGGAGGGACGCCAGAAAAUAUGCUUCUCACCUUCUCAAAGCAGGGUUCAUCAGACACACCGUGAAUAAGAUCACUUUUUCGGAACAAUGUUAUUACAUAUUCGGUGACCUUUGUUCAGCGAUUACCAACCUCAAAAUACAGGGUGAUACAGAUAGUGUGGGACCUUUACCAAAUGUUCCCAACUACAUGCCAUAUAGCGGUACAUACAAUCCACUGGAGUACAUGCCGAUGCCAUUUUAUAGUGAGAAUACAGUAUACGGUUACAAUAAGGAAGAAUCAGUGUUAAGUGGAAGUGGUGGUUCAUCUGGUGGUUCGGAACACUUGAAAGACACGGCAGCUGGUCAGAGCAGCGCUUCUGACAGCGACAUCACUUCGUUGGGUCCCCGUUCCGCCGCAGGACCGAAGACGAGCGGGAACGGCAACGGCAGCUCCAACGGUUCCGAGCAGAGCAGUGGAACGCAAGUAGCGACCAAUCCACAGUCUAAAGACAUUGCCGGUAGUAGACAAUCUUUUAAGAUUGCCAUGGGCAAUCCAUGCGAGAUGUUUGUUGAUGUUAUGUAG